AUGUCUCCUCUGUCAGAAAGCAGUGAACGACCUACAUCUUCGCCUACUCAACAGCCAUUCGAUGUGCUCCACUUCUAUAAGAACCUCUUGACUGAUGAGGAUCUUCCAAUGCCAAUAGCUGCUGUUGCUUCCCUUACAGAACUAGUGGACCGUUCGUCCGCACAAACGAUGUCACAACUGGUGCACGAGCUGCAAUCGGGCGCCGACAAACUUAAGAGAGGAACUGCGAAUCCGAUCUCGUUAUCGGCGGGAUGCGACUUGUUUGUGCGCUAUGUGACCACAACACGGCAGGAGCAUGGUGACUUCGCCUUAUACAAAAGAGAGAUCGUAGAACAAGGCCGCGCAUAUGUCAACCAAUUACCCACAGAAUCAAGGUCCAAGAUUUCGAAGUUCGCGCUAGGGUUUAUCCAGGAUGACGCUGUUAUCCUCACACAUUCCUACUCUCGCGUUGUCAUGCAAGCGCUACUUGCAGCACAUCGAGCCCGCAAGAGGAUAUCGGUUUACGUGACGGAAGCUCGUCCACGAUCCCUUGGAGUGAAGACCGUCGCCUCGCUCGAACGUGCACAAAUACCCUGCACCUUGAUUUUCGACACCGCAGUUGCAUAUAUAAUGGACAAGGUCGAUCUUGUAUUAGUCGGGUCUGAGGCUGUUGUGGAGAGCGGUGGAUUGAUCAAUGCUGUCGGAACGGCUGGGUUGGCUGUCAUCGCGAAGGACAGCGGGCGGCCUUUCUACGCUCUUUUUCUCCGCCACUUCCCAUUAAACCAAUACGACCUCCCAUACCUAUCGAAAUAUCUUCCCGUUCCCGCCCAACACCCUUCUCGAGGUCUGCAAACGCCCAACGCACUUCUAUCCCGCGCCUCUUCGAUCGCCUCCCUUGCUGGAUCAGCCCACGCCGUUGCUGUACCGCCAGCACCAUCACGAGACCUACCCAGGGCGGCAAUGGGCUUGCUGCACGGCACUGGCCUCGCCAACGGCAUGACAAAGGAGCAGAUGGACCAGAACCCGGAAGCCGACUACACUAGGCCUGAGCUGAUCAGCUUGGUCGUCAGCGACGUCGGUAUAUUGACACCUCAAGGUGUCAGCGGCUAUUUGGUCGCCGUCUUUGCGGAUUGA